AUGGUGAAAGCCCCAGAAGAUGAGCACCCAGUGAAGGCCUUCGGGUGGGCUGCCAGGGACACUUCCGGAAUUCUUGCCCCCUUUCAUUUCUCCAGAAGGGCAACUGGGGAAAAAGACGUGAAAUUGAAGAUUUUGUACUGUGGGGUUUGCCAUUCGGAUCUCCACAGCGUGAAGAACGAGACGGGUCGGGUCACCUACCCUGUUCUCCCCGGCCACGAGAUUGCGGGGAUCGUGACCGAGGUGGGCCCCGCGGUGACCAAAGUCAAAGUCGGGGACCAAGUUGGGGUCGGCUGCAUGGCAGGCUCGUGCCGCACGUGCCCCAGCUGUAAGGACGAUCUCGAAAACCAGUGCCCGAAGAUGGUCCUUACAUAUCGAAGCAAAUAUUUCGACGGGACUCCGACUUACGGAGGCUACUCGGACAUCAUGGUAUGUGACGAGCACUUUGUGGUCCGUUGGCCCACCGGCAUGCCGCUCGAUGCAGGUUGUCCGCUUCUCUGUGCUGGAAUCACAACGUACAGCCCGAUGAAGUUUUUUGGGCUGGACAAGCCCGGGAUUAGCCUCGGUGUAGUGGGCCUAGGCGGGCUGGGCCAUGUGGCCGUCAAGUUCGCCAAGGCGUUUGGGGCUAAGGUGACUGUUAUCAGCACGAACCCGGAUAAGAAGGAGGAGGCCAUCAAGAGUCUUGGGGCCGACUCGUUUUUGGUCAGCAACGAUCAAGAUCAAAUGAUGGAGGCGGCAAGCACACUGGAUGGGAUAUUGGAUACGGUUUCGGCUCAUCAUGCAAUCCAGCCGUUGCUUAAUUUGCUGAAGUCGAAUGGGAAGCUUAUAGUUGUUGGCGUGAUACCGAAGCCACUGGAAUUGCCUGUUCUUCCUCUACUUUCCGGGAGAAAGAUAGUGGCUGGGAGUGGAAUUGGAGGCAUGAAGGAAACUCAAGAGAUGAUGGAUUUUGCAGCAAAACACAACAUAACAGCAGAUAUUGAGGUUAUCCCAAUGGAUUACAUCAAUGAAGCUAUGGAACGUUUGGAGAAAGCAGAUGUUAAGUACCGGUUUGUGAUCGACAUUGCUGGAAGUCUUACAAAUGCAUAA